AUGCCAGCCUCGAUCCCAGAGGCAGACAGGCGGCACAGAGCCUCAGCAGCAUUUUCUCUGAGUUUCCUCUCUUUAGUCUUCUCUAUCACAGCAUUCAGCAGCAGUUACUGGUGUGAAGGGACGAGGAAAGUGGCCAAACCUUUCUGCAAGGGGGACAGCAAAGGGGAUCUCUGCAUCCGCUUCAACAGCGCCGACGGCAACAGCAGCCAGGCUGUGCAGUACAUCUGGGAGACAGGAGAUGACAAGUUCGUGGAGAAGAAGUUUCAUGCUGGGAUCUGGUAUUCCUGUGAAGAAAUGAUAAAUGAAGAAGGUGAGAAAUGUCGAAGCUUUAUCAGUCUGACUCCAGCUUCUGAUCGAGGGGUUUUAUGGCUGUCUAUUGUAGCAGAGCUGCUCUACGUCGUGUUGCUCCUGACUGGGAAUAUUCUAAUGUCAGUGGAAAUCUGCUACUACAGCUCUGUCAUUGAUGGGCUGAAGAUCAACGCCUUCUCUGCAGUGGUCACCGUGCUAGCAGGUCUUCUGGGCAUGGUUGCUCACAUGAUGUACACAACUGUAUUUCAGAUGACUGUAAAUCUUGGUCCUGAAGACUGGAGACCUCACACUUGGGAUUAUGGCUGGUCCUAUGGCCUUGCAUGGACUUCCUUUGCUUGCUGUAUGGCUGCAGCUGUCACCACUAUUAAUAAAUAUACAAAAACCAUCUUGGAAUUCAAGCACAAAAGAAAAAAGCUGGAAAGGAGCUUUAGGAUUCAGUACAAGUUUCCUGACCACACAGCUCCAGAGAAAGUUUGCAAUGUGUAUGUGAACUCUUUCCAAAAGCCCACAGAUGACCCUGCACACGCGUUACGAAGCCUGCGGCACCUGGCCACUAUUUCAGUCUUGUAA